AGCAAUUCGCUCUCGAGACUUUCUCAGUUCUGAAGCUGGCGCGCGCGGCCCACUGCCGCUCUCACACGUAAUAUUAUACAUACGCACGCUGCAACAUCAGGCUCGCAGGCAGUUCCGAGCGCGGACUCGCGAGUUCUUCCGUUCUGCCUGAUUCCUUUUUCUCCACACUCGAGUUUCUACUCCUGUCACUCGGAAGCCGAGAAGGCAGCUGCUGCAUUUGGCCGAGGGUUUCGCUUCGGACGCGAUUUUUCGGACGUGCAUCCCUGCGACUGAGAGCAAUCCAUCGGAUUCAACAUGAAGCUAUACGCGCUGGCGUUAGCCGCGCUGCUGGUGAGCGUUGUCGCGGCCGCCGACGACUCCCCAGCUGAUGUUAUGGCGAGGAAUAUUCUUGAAUGGAUUCAAGGAAUUUAUCGCCAAGGAGUGAGAAAGACACGCCAGCAGUCCGAUAGCAAUGCUUACCUGCCGCCGUACAGUACUCAGAGACCGCCCGAGAAGCCAAGGCCAUUCCAACCAGCACCGACCCAGCAGCCACCAAACUAUUCAAAUCCGAGUCAGAACGAGGUAUCGUCGGGUGGCUAUCCCGAUUACGGCAGUCAGCCGACCUCAGGCCAAGGCUUCUCGUCUACGCCAGGUUUCACCACUCCCCGGCCAAAUUACAGCCCCACAAACGGUGGCAGCACCGGUUACAACUAUCCCCAGUCGACAUUCGGCGCUGGCGGAUCAUCUCCCUCGUAUGGCGGCUACCCAGCUUCGUCGUCCACGACUUACCUGCCGCCGCCCAGCCAACCACCAACUUCCAUUGGACCGGGUUACCCUUACCCGUCGCCUGGUAACAGACCUACGCCUGGCUUCCCCACCCCCGGUGGCAGACCUUCGCCUGCACCCGGUCCCAGACCCACGCCAGGACCUGCUCCUGGACCACGACCUGAACCGGCUCCCGGACCAGCACCUGGACCAGCUCCAGGACCUGCACCUGGACCUGCUCCCGCACCAGGACCAGCUCCUGGACCUGCACCAGGUCCUGCCCCAGGACCAGCUCCAGGCCCUGAUCAACCGGAAGAUGAUGAUCUCAAACAUCCCCCGCAUAUUCACUCCCUCGAUGUUCAGUGCAGCAAAACUAUGAUGACCAUUGACAUCGAAUUUAACCGUGCCUUUGAUGGUGUUAUUUACUCUAAGGGAUUCUUCAUGAUGCCGCAAUGCCGAUACGUUGAGCAAAACUCUGGACAGACGAAAUAUUCCUUCACAGUCAAUCUCGAUUCCUGUGGAACUCAGUUUAUCAAUGACUUCGAAGGCGAGGCUGGUCAGGCUUAUUUGGAAAAUGUUUUAGUUCUGCAGAAUGAACCCGGUAUUCAAGAAGUUUGGGACACCGUGCGCACUGUGCGAUGUCUGUGGGAGGGCAACAUCAACAAAGCCCUGACAGUGAGCCUUUCGGUAGACAUGUUGAAUCAGGAGAUUGUAACGUUCAGCGGAGACACGGCGACAGCCAAGCUGGAUAUCCAGGUUGGAAAGGGUCCUUUCGCCCCUGCGGCCAACGGUCUUGUCAAGAUUGGUGACACAAUGACCCUCGUCGUAUCUGUCGAGGGAGAUCCCGCCUUCGAUCUUCAGGUGCGCGAUUGCGUCGCAAGAGACGAAUCGUCAACGAAUGUGUACCAGUUGACGGACGAGCGCGGUUGCAUUCUAAAACCGAAGCUGUUCGGUGCCUUCCAGAAGACAAAUGAUACUGGAAAUACCGGCGCCUCUAUCAUUGCUUACGCUUUCUUCCAAGCAUUCAAGUUCCCCGAUGUGAUGGACCUGUUUAUCGAAUGCAACGUCGAACUGUGCAAAGUUAACUGCGAGCCUUGUCCAGAAGCUAAUCAGCAAAUCGAACCCGGCCGACGUCGUCGUUCGAUCACCUACCCUGGCUCGCUGAACUGGACUCGCGAGCACCAAGGUGAAGCUGUGCGAGUGGGUCGCGGCUUUCGCGUGGUAAUGCCUGACGACCUGCCAAAUCCCGCUGCUCUGUUGCCCUUCGACGAGGAGACUAUUCUGGGCGAGGACCGCAGUAAAGAGAUAACGCCCGAGGAGAUGAAGCCAGAGCUGAUGGCUGCAGAGGCUCUUGGAGUCUGCCUUAGUUACAGCGGAUUUUACGCGGCUUUUGCCACCAUUCUAGUCGCUCUUGCCUUCAGCAGCUUGAGCGCGGCUUUGCUUUACGUUAAGCUUCAGAGAGUACGAUUCGAGAAGGGACAAGAUCUGCCUAGAUGCUCGUGAAUGAAUUGCUGACGAAGGAGAUGAUUAUUAAAGCAAUGGAUUUACUGCCCACAACAAAAUGCUAUAGGCCGGCUUUUCGGGACAAAGUUUGUUAAGCGUGUUCACUGACAAACUUACGAAUAGAUGGAGCAGUUGCCAUUUCAAAGUUCAUAGCAUUUUCUUAAAAUUACAAAUCCUUAUUUUACAAACUUUAGAUUCUGACUGCCAAACGUGUAUUUUAUCGUCGAAACAUCACUUUACAAAACAAUAUAACAGCAUACAUCUUUUUGUUUAUGUUGUUUGCGCAUCGACUUCGGAAUUUGCAGGAAGCUUUAGUAUUUAUACACAAAAGCUAUAAUAUAAAAAUCUAUGUAGCAGAAAUGUUAACUUGAUAUUCGUUUUUAUAAGAACUAACUUUUUUAUUCGAUGAAAUGAAAUUCAUGUUUUAUUGUAACUAUGCUAUAGUUAAAUUUAAAUAAUUGAAUUGAAUAACUAAAUAUAUUGAAUUUUCUUAACGGCAGUUUUUUAAACAAUCAACGUGCAUCGAUAAUUGAAGCUCUGUUAAACGUAGUCAAUUUUAAAAGCUCAUAACGAUCGAGCGAUUGAAAAAAGCCUAUAUUUUGUAAAUAAUUAUAUAAAACAUAUAUUUUUCUAAAGCAAUGUAAUCUUGCGCGUAUGCUUUCUAGUAUGCAGCAAGCUAUACGAUAUGUGGAUAAUAAAAUUCGUAUAGAUCGCGGAAUUACAGUAUAACACUGGUUAUUUUUGUUACUAUAUAUUGAUGUUUUAGAAAAAAAAGAACGCGUACGUAUAGUGUACUAAAAUUGCAUGUUUUCGGAAUUCAUUAUUUCACAAGUUAUAUGUUAAAGAUCUUAUAUUAACUUUAAUUUUGAUAUCAUUUAAUUGGAAUAAAUUUGUUGAAUCGCAUAAUACCAGAACUUAUACAUGUAAGCUGAAUUUUCGUAUGAAACAACUAAACUAAAGCGGCGUAUAAAUAAUAAGUUUAUAUUGAUAAGUAUAAAAGGAUAUGAUUCUUUCAAUACGCAAGUGCUAAUAAGGAUAUUAAAGUUACCAUUUUGUAAAUGAAAAUUUGCUUCAUUAUAAUAUGCAAGAUUAUAAAAGGUAUUACAAAAAAUUCAUAUUUUUAUUGUACCAUAGUCUAUAGUUCAAUUUGUAUAUCAGCAGUUUUGAAUGUAUCUACAAUACGCGUGAGUGCAAUGAUCAGCGAUGAAAUUGGACAAUUUUCUGCGUAGAUUAUUGUACUAAUAUAAAGAAGCAAUGUAAAUGCACCGAUGAAUGUAUUAUAAGUAUUUUGUAAUAGUAGCUAAUUAAACAAUGUACCAUAAACUUAUUGGGUACGUCUUUUCAUAAGUAUUAAUAUAUUUCGAAAAAUACCACGUAAAUCAUACAAAGCAUAUAUGAUAUUAUUUAACUUUCAAAUUCUGAAUGAACAUGCUAAUAAUUAAUUUUUUUCAUCCAUUUAUCUUUAAAACCGUAUUUGUGAAAGAAAGAUAUUACCGUAACUCUCAUACAAUAAACUCGUAAUACUUGGAAAUGAAAAAAAUAUUUUACGCACUUGAAGUGUUUUCUUUGUUCAUAAAGAUCUGAUUUUGCUGUAGAUGAAGUGACUCAAUUAUGCGUCAAUUAGGCGGAAAUUGUCAUUGUGAAAUGCCUAUUAUCGCUUGAGAACUUUUCUCACUUUCAAGAUGGGAUUGUUUCAUGAUGUAAUGGAUCUUGUGAAAAUAAAAAUAUAAUAUAAAUACGCAACUUAAA